CAGCGGCGGCGAAAGGGGAGGCGAGAAGUCAGCGGGCGAGUCCCGGUGAAGGGAGGAGGAGCAGGAGGAGAAGGAGGCGUUGCACUGCAGCACCAGCAGCUCCGGACCAGAGAGGAAGGAAAGGAGAGAGAAAGACGCGCGCUCCUCGGAGCAGCCGGAGGAAGUGCCGCCGGCUCCGGAUCGCAGCAGCUCCUCUGCCCGCCAAGGCCGUCUCCAAGCGGGGCGCCAAAGCUCCCCACCCUCCCGGCGCCGCGGUCCCCCCGUGCGCAACAGGGCGCGCGUCAUGGCGCACCGGGGUGGCUGGGCGCUCGCCGCCUUCCUCCUCGCUGUCACGGCGGCAGGCUUAAAUGUCUCCUGUGCCUCUUCACCUGGUCCACCUCCUCCCUCAAGCACGGUUCCCUCAGGAACAACAGAAUUUAAUGAUUCCGCUGCUACAACCAGUGUUGGCACUCCUUUGAGCACCCAGAAGGGAGCCGCCAUGACAGUUUCGCUCCCAUGGAGAUUUUCAACUCAGGAUAGCAUCACUGCUCCUAACACCACAGUGGAAGCUUUGACUGCAAACCCCGUUUCAGCUGUAACGCCCCUGUCAAGAGCAACGGCCCCGGAUAGCUCAGCAGCAACCCAUUCAUCACCGCAGCCAAACACUGGAUUACAAACCACGGAAAACACAUCAGCCCCUGCGACAUCAGUUGCCGGCCUGGUCACAGGCGCCACUCCUCACUCGGGAACCACACCAGUCAGUUCUUCGCCUACUCUAAAUGGAUCGUCCACCAACCCUUUUCCUACUAACGCCACCUAUCUAAGCACCACCCAAGUGCCGAGUGCAGGAACAUCUCCAGCAGCUGUGUCCUCCAGCAAACUCCCUACUGGAGAGGCAACAUCUGGAGAAACAUCUGUGGCAGCAUCCUCCCCGGGCUCCAUGCAAGGGGCUACUAUUUCUUCGCAAGCGGCUAUGUCAAGUAAGGCUACUCCAGCGACCUCCCCUACUGGCAGUACCACGUUCUCUGUGGGGGUAACCAUACAAGAAGUUCAACGGGCCUUGAGUUCGGGCAGCAUCGCAGCUAUUACCAUCGCAGUGAUUGCAGUGGUUCUGUUGGUGUUCGGCAUAGCCGCAUUCCUGAAGAUCAGGCAUUCUUCGUAUGGAAGACUCUUGGAUGACCAUGACUAUGGAUCCUGGGGAAACUACAACAACCCUCUCUAUGACGACUCUUAAAUGGAGGAGAAUCCAUCAAAGCCAAAAACUGCUCGUGUAUUUAUGAAGCACUUAUUUCACUAAAAGCGCCAUGGUCCGAUAAUCCUUCUGCGUACAAUGUCCGUGUUGUUGCUCCUCCUGCUGUUUCUGCUGAUGCGUUGUCACCAUGCCUUUUCGCAACGCAGGCCCCAAACGGAAACGAGCCAACCAGAGUGGAGCGUUGAGCAACAAAUCGGGCAAGAGUUGGAAUCCGUAGCUACUUGCUCGCGGGUGCCGUUGUCUCCAAACCCUACUGUUCUCCAAAGUGAUUAGGAUUCCUGCAAGAAGGAACGAAGUCGGUGGAAAGUUUCGCCACCAGUGCUGCUGUGGCCGUUUGGGCUCCCAGCAACUCGGUUGUAACAGGAAACCUGCAAUGAAGAAUGUGACCUUUUAGAGUUGUCAGAUAGCAGAAAUUCGUGGUAGAAGUUGCUCAGGGGUCUCCCAGAAUUAAACGGCAGGUCUUGA